GUGGAGUCUAGAAUAGCAUCUGGAAACCAUUCUCUAGUGCUUGAGUUAGCUUGGGGAAUAGGCAUCCUCUGUUCCUUAGGUUCUAGGCUGAUUUGUCUUUAGGAUUUCCAAACCUAAUCCAUGGAGAAAGGAUAAAUAAGUUUGUGCUGCAGUCCAUAAACAAAAAUGCAAAUCCCAGCUAAGCCCUGAAUGACUUUGUAAAAUACUAUGCUGUGAGCCUGACUAUAGCCUGGAGAUCACACAGGACUCCUGGCAGGCAGGGGAUCUGCACAGUGGUUAGAAUAUGGGGAUAGAUGAGAAGGGGCCUUCAUUUGAGAAGUUCUCAUUAGUUUUGUGAACUUCUCAAAGUCAGUUCUCUCUCUUCCUGCCUCUUAGGUCCUUUAUGAGAAAUGACGUUUCAGGGCCUCCUGAUUAGUUCUUCCUUUUGCUAGCUUUUCCAAGCCCAACAGGGACUUUUUUCUUCAGUACUAGGGAUUAAAUCCAGAGCCUCAUACAUAUUAGGCAAGCACUCUACUACUGUUACAUCACCAGCCCUUUUAAAAAUAUUUGAAACAGGGUCUCACUAAGUUGUCUAGGCUGGCCUCAAACUUAUUAUUCUUCUGCCUUAACUUGGAUUAUAGCUGGAAUUAUAAGUGUGUACCAGUGUACCUGGCCCAACUGGCAUCUUUUUACCUCUUUAAUUCUAAUUUCAGUUUUCUUUAUUUCUGGGGUUCUCUCAAAUUUAAGGCCAAGGUAGCUUGAGCCAGAGGAAUAGUUGGGAAGAGUCAGAAGUAUGGUACAUUGGAAAAUCUGACUUGUAGGACCACAGAGCUAAAUACAUCUGUAACCGUGUGUAUUAGUUAGGGUUCAGCCAGAACAGCAGAACAAGUAGAAGAUGUUUGUGUGUCUGUGAAGAGAUUUAUUGCUGAAAAGUGGCUAAUGUGAUUGUAGCUGGCUAGAUAAGUCUGAAAUUCACAGGGAAACCAUCAACAAGGGCAAGCUGGAACUCUCUGGUAUAGGCUGAAUGAAGCUGCAGUGCACAGGCAGAGAUUUUCUUCAUGAAACCUUCAGCUCUGCUUUUAAGGCCUUGGAACUGAUAAAGUCAAGCCCAUUCAUCCAUCAUCUAGGGUAAUCUCCCUUAUUUAAAGUAAACUGAGUGUGGACUUUAAUCAGAUCUACAAAGUACUUCGAAGCAACACCUGGAUUAGUGUUUGGUGAAUGCCAUGUUGACACAUGACACCAUUAAUUAGUUCCUCCUAUUGAGCUUCUAGCUGCUCCCCUUCAUCCCUUCAACAUUACCUCUUUAUACUUUACCAGGGAAAACUAGUACAAAAAAUUUCCCAAAUACCCAGCAGGCCAUUUUAUUCAGUGCUUUUUAAAAAAUAAUUGCAUAUCUAUAAAUAUGUCUACCUAAUCAUCCCAGGUGAUUGGAGUCCUGGGACUAGAUGUUGUCCAGUCAAUGCAUAUUUGAUUGAAUUUGUUGUCAGCUGUCAUUUCCUUUGUGUAAACAAGUAAGCAUACAUGAAUAAAUCAAUCAUCACAGCUCAGGUUAACAGGUAAGGAGCAAAACACUCAUGGCCCAGCCUAAGCCUGGGGUUCCUGGUCAGUGUUAUAUUUUCUGACGUGAACACAUGAGGGAAGGAUUGUCUUUCCUAGCAGGCUUUCAUAAAAUGUUAAUAGAAUAACUAAAGGAAUAAAUACACUUUUCUAAGGUAGUUUGCCAGGAAGAGAUUAGGGAAGUUUAGGGCAAAUCAGAGCCAUUCUUCCCAUUAGGAGCAAGUCACUUUAUUGCUGGAGGAAGAGCAUGGACAUGAAUGUCCCUGGGAGCUGGAGAGAGUUAUAGAGUAAUUCCUGUGGAGCAGCAGAAUCAUGCAAUUAACAAAAUGUUUUUGUGUCUUGUAUCUUAUUUCAGCUCCUACGAGGCUUACAAAAUUGGUGUUGUAGCAGUCAUGAUCUCCAUUUGAAAAGUGAAGUAAGCCCAGGGAGGUUGAUUGGCUUAUCCAGAUUAAGCAUCUAGUAUGCAUUGAUUUUAGCCAAAGUAUUGUUACUGCUGAUUACCACCAAGUGUCAGGACCAAGAUUUUCUGCCUCCCUACAUUCUGAGCCACUACAUCUUUCUCUAGUCUCUUGCUGUAGAAUACCAAUUUAGAAUGGAAAUUGAAAUGAUAUUUUCCUGCUUUCAAGGAAAGAAAACCAAUACAUCCCUGAUAAGGAAUUGGACGUGUACUAGAAUUAAAUUGUCAGCAAAUCACAAGGUUGUGUUAACACAGUGCAGUUAAGUUCUAUCAUCUGCCCAUACCCAUAGCUACUGUACUGAAAAGCUGUGAAUCCUAUUUGUAAGAACCUUCCAGUGAAGAACUUGGGAACCACACUGUUGAGAUUUAUUAAAGGACAAGUCCCUUGACAUCUCAGCAGAUGUUGCCAAGAAGCUAAUCUGGCAUGGUUUAUUAAAGAAGUUAUUUUCAUUUCAUGCUGUCUCAUACAUGCCAGAGCAAAUGCAUUUUACUUUUUUAAAAAUUCACUUUUCAUUACUGGGUAUCAAACCAGGGUAGUUAACCACUAAGCUACCUCUCCAUUCCUUUUUACUUUUUAUUUUGAGACAGGGCUUCACUAAGUUGCAGAGGCUGGCCUUGAAUGUGUGAUCCUCCUGUAUCUACUCCCAAGUCAGUAGGAUUAUAGGCAUACACAACCACACUCAGCAUAAAUGUAUUUUUUUUUUAUAGAUAAUGAUUUGUGUUUUCUGCUCCAAGUACUGCUAAAAAUAGUAAUCAUGAGAUUGUGGGGAGCUGGUUUGGUGACUAGAGCAGGUUGGAAAUAAAAUGGCUAUGUUCUAAGGUGUCUUCAAGAUCUCUAAAGAUGGAUGUUAUCUGACCUUAUUUGAAUUUUUAAUAUCAAUUUUUGGUGAGAGGUAGAAUAUAUUGAAAACUGAGUUUGCAGGUAACCCUAAAGACCCUUAGCAACAUUUCAAGGGGAAGUCAGUCAGCAGAUAUUAAUUGAACACUAGUGUUGGGCCAAGCAUUUCUUUAGGAGCUAGUGAUCAAGACAAAGUUCUUAUACUCACAAAACUUAAUAUUCCAGUGGGUAAAAAUGACAAUAGGGAUGUAAAUAAGAUAAAGAGUAUUAUAUAUAUCUGGAAAUUAUAACUGGGUAAUUUAAGAGAGAAUGACUAUCCCUGCUUUGUUAAUGUGUUCAGGGAAGACUUCUCUGAAGAGGAGACACUUUGAAAGAAGUUGGAAAAGCUUUCUUAAGGUUUUUUGUCCAGUGUUCUGGGGAAUUGUUUCAUCUGUCAGCUUCAGAAGCUAUUUUACAUAAUCAGGUGCCUGUUAUUUCUUACUUCUUCUCUACUCCUUAUUGUUCUCUUAUGUAGUCUAAGGCCCUAGAGAAUGUACUGAAUUGCUAUUCUUGCUCACAUUUCUAGAUGGUUCUUUGUAAGCAAAUUUGUGUCUGAAGACCUAAUACCGAGUGGAAAUGGUUAUAGAAUCUGUUCCUCAAGCUCUUACCAAGAGACUCAACAGAGGGAUGGUUUCAGCCUCAGCACAGAAACAGGAAGUACAUAUGGAGGAGACAACAGUUCUGGGUACAACAGAGGAAUCUCCUACCUCACCUCUCAGUGGGGGUUCAGCCCCUGGAGCCCACCUGGAACCUCCUCAUGACUCAGGGGCACACCACCUCCCCAAUGGGCAUUUCGCUCAACUUGCAUCUAUAGUUCCGGCUCAUUCCCAGAUGGGGAACUCAGGAGACCAAGUAAUGGCCACUGUGCUUCAGAUGGUCAAGGCCCAGGAGACUGCCACAAAUGAGGACCUGUCAGUGGACUGUACACAGAAGAAGUGGAAAGGCCCUGCUGUCAGGCAGAGAGCCCUGUACCGGAAUACAGUACUGGAAAACUACAGCAUCAUGAACUCACUGGCAGGUGAGAACAGGAUGGAGAGUUCUGAAUUCACUCCAAAGCAGACCAUUUCUAAAGGAUCAGAGUCAUCUGAUAGGUCACCAGGGGGACUCUUUGGGGUGACUUCUAUGGGACCAGAAGUUGAAGAUGUCUGUGAAGAUACUUUGAGGAAGCUGGAAGGGCAGCCCUCAGAUGAAGAGGGGAACAGUUUGGAAAUCAAUUUUUUGGAGAUAACAGAUGAGGAUAAGAACUCCACAAAAGACAGAUGUGAGGAUUAUAAGGAAGUAGGGGAACAUCCAAAUCUGUCCCCCAGUCCUGAGGAAUAUCAAGGAGUCCCAAAGGGACAGAAAUUCUUUCAGUGUGAUGAAUGUGGCAAAGUGUUCUAUUGGAGUUCACACCUCAUUGGUCACCAGAGAAUCCACACUGGAGAGAAACCCUAUGAGUGUAAUGAGUGUGGUAAGACCUUCAGGCAGACCUCCCAGCUAAUCGUUCACCUCAGAACUCACACUGGGGAAAAACCCUAUGAAUGCAGUGAGUGUGGGAAGACGUAUCGGCACAGCUCCCAUCUCAUUCAACACCAGAGACUUCAUAAUGGGGAGAAACCCUAUAAAUGUAAUGAUUGUGCAAAAUCUUUCACUCAGAGUUCUCAACUCAUUGAUCACCAAAGAACCCAUACUGGGGAGAAACCUUACGAAUGCAAUGAGUGUGGAGAAGCAUUCAUUCGGAGCAAAAGUCUUGUCCGACAUCAGGUUCUUCACACUGGUAAGAAACCUUACAGGUGUACUGAGUGUGGGAAAGCCUUCUGUUCUAACAGAAAUCUUAUUGACCAUCAGAGGAUCCACACUGGAGAGAAGCCUUAUGAAUGUAAUGAAUGUGGCAAGGCCUUUAGUCGGAGUAAAUGUCUUAUUCGACAUCAGAGCCUCCACACUGGGGAGAAACCAUACAAAUGCAGUGAAUGUGGGAAAGCCUUCAGUCAGAAUUCUCAACUCAUUGACCAUGAACGAAUUCAUACUGGAGAAAAGCCCUUUGAAUGUAGUGAGUGUGGUAAGGCUUUCAGUCUAAGUAAGUGCCUUAUUCGGCACCAGAGGCUUCAUACAGGUGAAAAACCCUAUAAAUGCAAUGAGUGUGGAAAAUCCUUCAAUCAAAACUCUCACCUCAUUAUACACCAGAGAAUCCACACUGGUGAGAAGCCCUAUGAAUGUCAUGAGUGUGGGAAGGUGUUCAGUUACAGCUCUAGCCUUAUGGUACAUCAGAGAACCCAUACUGGGGAAAAGCCCUACAAAUGCAAUGAUUGUGGGAAAGCCUUUAGUGACAGUUCACAGCUUAUUGUGCACCAGAGAGUUCACACUGGAGAGAAACCUUAUGAAUGUAUUGAGUGUGGGAAAGCUUUUAGUCAGCGAUCCACUUUUAAUCACCACCAGCGGACUCACACUGGUGAGAAACCCUCGGGUAUGUCUCACUCAGCAUCAUAAGGCAUGGUUUUCUUGAAAAAGAGAAUAAGGAACUUCAGUGAAGUUUUUUUUUUUUUCCUUGGUAAUACUGGGGAUUGAUAAUGGUAAUUGGCCUUUCACAUGCUAGUCAAGCAUUCUGCUACUGUGCUGUGUCCUAGCCCUUUUUCAAAAUUUUUAUUUUUGAGACAGAGUCUCACUAAGUUUCUCCCGCUGGCUUUGAACUUUCAAUCCUCCUUCCUCAGCCUUUAGAUUAGCUGGAAUUAUAGGUAUGCACCACUGUGCCCAACUUGAAGCUUUCUUUAUAAGAAUCAUGUUCAUCCUGGUCUCCCUUGGAACCUUUCAUCUAAGUGGACCAUUGUCAAUUUUCAUUGAGUCACCAAAUUGGGAAUAACUUACUGCAGUCCUUCUCCAUUAUUGGGAAAGUAAGGACUAUGCAUUUCAUUUACUUGUUGGUUUCCCUAUUCCUUUAUUUUUUGAGACUGUUUUAAUGUCUGUCUCAUUUUUUAUUUAUCCAUCCCACAAUCAGACUGUGUGCUUCUCAAGGACAAAGGUAAUUUCUGUGUAUUUUAGGUCCCCCGUUUCACCAUUUCCCAAAGGCAUUCUUCAAGCUAUGAUUCCUUCUCUUUCUCUUGGCUUGUCUCCAUGUAGUGUUUAAGCUUUCUGCCAUCUGUAGCUUAUCAUCUGUGUUCUCUUCCUAGAAAACUUUUUUCUUCCUGUUUGAUAAUCUAAAAUUCUUUCAUAACCUUCAAAAAUCUAUCUUGUGUCUUAAGGAUUUUCUUCCCCUGCUUCUUUAUUCCUCUUAAACAUCUAUUGAUUUGACCUCAGUGCUUUAAAUGACUGGUGCUAUCAGGUGUAACUGUGUUAAAUUGCUUUGUAAAUGUUUUCAAUGCACAGUGUUUACUUUCAUACCCCCUUACUUUUGGCUCAUUGAGGUCAAGUAUAUAUCUUUAUCUUUCAGCAUAUAGAUAAUUGUUUGUAUAUACUAGCUGUUAAAUAAAUAAGUUUUAAACCUCAACUCUGAA